AUGGCUAAUGGUAACAUAGCUAGUACAGACAAGGACCGGGCUGAGACGCUGAUGGACUACUUCAAAAGUGUCUAUCGUUCAUCCCCGGAUGAUGGAGAUCGGAUCCCCCUGGUAGAUACCAUUGGAAACGAACUGCAGGUGUUACUCGUGGGUGAGAAGGAGGUACGAACCGAGCUC